ACAGAGCCAAACUGGCGGUGGCCGGGUCGCAAGUUUGGCGGGAAGUCCUUCAAAUUUCGUCGCCGGCAGAGCGGCCCCUCGAUUCGUCCCGAGGCUCUAACGCGAGGAGAAUUGCGCACUGGAUGGCCGAGCACGCAGAGGAGACAUUCUGUCGUUGAGUUUAUGCGCGCGCUUGUGUGUGUUACAACAUAGAGACCGCACCGAACUGUAAUGUGCUGCUGCGUGAGGUUUGGUUUGUAGUUUCUGGUGAGCGGAAGGAGGGAGUGUUGUUGUUUUUCUCUUCGUGAAUUGAUUCUGCUCUCGGGACCUUGCCAGUUUCAAUGACUGCUGGAGUAGACUCGAGGAAAAGGUCUCUUGUCCUGGACAGCACAACCUUCUCUUCGCCCGCGCGAAGACGCCCUACGCAGUCCACACACAGUCAGGCUGACGCGUUUUUAUCAGUGUUAGCUAGUGCAGCAUGCUCUCUCAGGGCACCUGGUGUUCCCGUGAUAUCUUGCGAUUCCCGCAGCGUCAUUGUCCACCUGGAGGAACGCUUCAAGCUGGAUGCUGAACUUGUGGGCAGAUUUCUGGAAUGUUUUCAGGCUUUUAUAGCAAAUGAAGACAAUCUUCGCAGGAUAUUACUACCCAUGACGGUAUCAGGAAGGAAUGGAAGCGUGCGAUCUUGCGACAGCCUCGCUAGAGUGUUGCUGUCCGUAGCCCCCAUCCAAACUUCAGUUGCAACUGGUCUUCUAGAGAAACUGCCUGAGUAUGUUGGAGACGUUGAGGGUGGGAGCGGCGGUCCUCUUCCACCUCUGAUGGAGAGCAUACCGAGGCUAAUAUUGAGCCAUUUUCGAUGGCUGGAUUAUGUUGUGGAUAGUCGAAAUCUUACUGAAAAACUACUGGAGAUAAUUACCAUUUGUCCUGUUGGUUUGAAAAAGGAGAUUAUUAGCUUUCUGCCCGAAGUGAUUGUAGACGCAGAUCAUGAGAUGGUCGUGCAGGCUUUAGAGGGUAUGUUACAGGAGGACUUGCAGCUCGUUGUGCCAAUUCUAGACGCGUUUUCGAGCUUCAACUUGGAGGAAAAACUCUUUGAGCAGGUUGUUGCACUCGCACUUUCUAGUCUGAGGUCAGCUGAUGCAGAAGAUCUGCCCCUCGUUGUUAAGUUUCUCUUGCAAUCUGCUACUUCAGCAAAUGUCACGGAAAUAGUACAGCAACUUCGAGAGAAUCUCCAGUUUGUGACUACUAUGGAUGUCCGAAUGAGCAAGCCGGAUCGUAAGCAAAAGGGAAAGUCUCCAACCAAGAACUGCGAGGCCUUGGUUCUUGAAGCUAUUCGCUCAGGUCUGCGAUUUCAAAAUGUAGUUUUAGAAGGCUUCUUGAAGGAAAUUCGAAAUGUUGAGGGAGAGAAGAAUCAUAGGGUGGUAGACAUAUGGUUGCUUCUAAUUAUACAUGUCAAUGGGGGCCCGUACCGGAAGAUAGCUGAGCAGCUACUUUUCAAGAAAAUAUGUCGUGGAGACAUAGGAAGGCCCUUAUUACUGCAAUGUAUACAAGGUCGUGGAGAUUCGUUACAGGAAUACUUCCAAACGUUGAUCUCUGUCAGCGAAUCCUGCCUGAGAAGCACAGAAACGGUUGCUAGACGAUUUGGAAUGCAGAUUCAUGAGCUUCUAUUUGAAGAGUUCAUCGAUCCUUAUCACCGCCAAGAGGUCCUUGGAUCCCUGAUCACACUAACUGGCUCUGGGAUCUCUAAUGAAGUGGGAUCAGCAUUGGACACGCUGCUUUUACUUGCCACCAGACAUGUUAAUGAUCUUCUUCCGAUAUCUUCAUUCAUCAAUGGUGUAUUGGAUUCUUUAGAGGGAUUUGAAGACAAGCAUCUACAUCAGGUUUACAAAAUUUUUAGCCAUUUGGCUGUAGCUGCUUGGUCGGCAGGUGGCUCCUCAAAUGGAUCUUCAGUAGCUAGCGAGCUCCUCAUAAUUGUCCGCAAACAGAUAUCCAGUCCUGAUCCAAAGUACAAAAGAAUGGGAAUAAUUGGUGCGGUUGGCUUGGCGUCCUGCCUCUGUCGAGAGGACAAUCUUGAAACAGAAACAGAAGAGAUGAACCAUCAGAGGUCCAGCACCGACGAGGCCAUUUUUCUACUCCAAAUGAUUUUGGAGACAUGCAAAUCGUCUUCACUAGCCAGAGGAUUUUUUUACGAUGAGCUGACUGCUCAAGCAGAGACUACCUCACUCAAUGGGCCAAUCAUGAAUUGGAUCUCCAAGCACACCAAUGAAUUUGAAACUUUGUUUCUUGGUGACCUCGAAAAUGGCCAGCUUCAAACUGGGUCUCUUCAUAAUGGAGCAUUAGAAGGCGAAAUAUGGAUGAACUUGGAUGGAGAAGUGUCCCCAAUAAUUCUAAACAUCUUGCCGAUGCUGAUAGCUUCUGACAAGAGCCUCUCCCAAGCAUUGCUCUUUCUCACAGCCAAUUUCCGGCUUCUUUCUGCUGUUGAGCGAGUCAUCAAUCAAGGAUCUUUGGGAAGCAUUGAUGCUCUUCUUGGUUGUCCCAUGUACUUACCAAAGUAUCAGUUGCUGACAGGAGACGCCUGGGAAAGGUUGCCAAAACACCAAAAGGAGGAAGCAUGUCUUGCUCUUUUCUAUGCCAUCAACUGGACAAGAGAAUUGAUAAAUGCUUUUUCAACACAAAUUGAUGGCCGCUUUGAAGAUCUUGCAACACAAACUACGCGUGAGGAAACUGUUUCGAAGUUAUGCAAACGUGUGAGGAACCUAAUGUUUCUGGAGUUCUGCCUGGGUGAGUGUCUCACCACAUUCAAGGUAUCGUUACCAUCCCUCCAUUCCAUGAUUGAGAAUCCAAGUCAAUCGAAAGCAGAUCGAAGACCUGCUAGUGGAAAGCAAGAGGCCAAGAAGUCAACCGGGAAACGAGGGCGGCCAAAGAAAUUGAGUAAAACGUCUGAAGAAAGUGGAAGCCAAAAAGGAGUCCAAAAUACCUUACCAGAAAUUGGCUCUCGUCAGCAAACUAUACGUGAUGCUUUUAACAAAGUGCUAGGAUCGAGUAACUCAAAGAGCGCUGGAGCAGAACCUGAGGAACAAGAAGCUCAGCCAUCUCAAAGUGUAUGUAAUGUGAUCGAUAUGAGUAUUAACAGGGCCCUGAGUGGAGAAAGCUUGGAAGAGCAGCGUUGGAAAUUUCGUCCUCUCAAUAUCUCCAGUAUGGCACUGUUAUCAGUGCAGGUUCCGCAUCAACCAUGUUGUCCAGACUCAGCUGCAAUGCUGCCGGUCUAUCUGUACCUGCUCCAUGAUUUACAGCUGAAAUUAGACUCUUGUCUAGAAGCACCUGUGCGGAAACUGGCUCCAUGGUUGCAUGCCUCCGCAGUCCCAAAAGCUCCGUCAGGUGUAAUCGGAAUGUCAGGAAUGUCUGCAUUGAAGCAGCUGGCAGGCACAUUCAAAAGUCUUCGCAAGCACCUAGACUGUUCCAAUACUGUUUUACAAACAGAAAUUGAUGCGAGUGUCGAAGAAAAUGAAGGUGGGCAUUGCAGCAAGCACUGGCAACAAGAAUCUGUAGCUGCAUGCAAUCCCCCUGAAGAAAAAUUUGAUGUGCAAAUGAAAGAAGCUGCAAAGUCGGUCUUCUUAGUCACCAUACGUUGCUUAGAGAAGGUACUUGCGUAUUCCGAACUAACAAUGCCAGCAAAUUUCCCAACCCUUAAAGAUUUUCUUCUGGCAUUUGGGAGUACGCAACCUGUAGCCCCCAAUAUGGCCUCAUCUAUUGCUCCCGGUUCUAUGGAAGAAGCAUUUUAUCAAGCUUAUACUUAUCUAGAUGGUCUAACCGAAACAGCCAUUGCCACGUCGAUCAUUGCGGCCACCGAAACCGUUAUGAUGCUCAAGGCCGUUGUAAGUUGUGCACAGACCUUUACUGAGAGAUCCAUAGAUGAUCCAAGACGGCGAAGAUCGAACUCCUUUAGAACGAGUGAGAUAUUGCCAUAUCUGCGCGGCCGUCUGAGUUCAUCUGCAGGGAACGUGUUGCGAAGCGACUGGGAUUCAGAUGAGUGGAAAAAGACCAAAGGAGACAUGAUGCAGCAGCUGCUCCGUAUGCAGAUUCAGAACUGUGAACAUCCUAUCGACUAUCUAGAAGAGCUUGCUUGCACGGCCAUGCCCCAGGUAUCAUCGAAGAAGGGCAAGUCAAAUUUAGGAGUUGAAGGGUACCCGGCGUUGAGUCCAGCAACAUUCACGAUUUGGUACCGUGUUCUGCAUGAGGAGGUGCUCAGUUCACUGAAUAAAGCGAUUAAAGAUAUCCAAGCAAAGUGCAAGUCUAAGGUGACUCUUGUAAAGGAUGUGGUAACCAAAGCGCUCGCAGAAGUUCAGCAGUGCAUAUCUGUACAUGUCGUUUUGGUGAAUUUGACCAAAACCCAUGAUAAGGCACCGGUGCAUGCGAUGGCAGUCAAGUGCGGCGGCAAAUUUGUAGACACAUUUCUGAAAGGAAUGGACUUCUUCAAAAUACAUUACGAAGAUCACAAAGAAAAUAUUAAUUAUUUGGUGAGGGACCUCCAAAGAGCAACACGAAUCAUUCAAACUCUUUGCUCUGACGCGAAGGGCCAAAAACGAAUGCCGGUUACUUGUCGGGUUCCUCUGGUGAAGCGAUCAAUGGAACGUUACCUGUUCUGUGUAAAAGCCCUCCUCCACGGCACGUCCCACGGAGACUCCUUUUGGAUGGGUAAUUUGAAGCACAAAAAUCUUCACGGGCAUGAGGUUAGUUCUCAGCUAUACGCAGACGACGUGGAAGAAGAUGUUGAAGAGGAACAAGAAGGAUCUGAACCAGAGCUUGAAGAUGACAAUGGUCAACUUUCGGAUGCCGAGCUUGGUUAGAAGCAAGAAAUUUCUAGGUCGAGAAUGGAGUGGUAUGCUGAGAUCACGUCAUGGUCGAGCUCUUCCGUUCGCCAGAGGCUGGAGGGAGUACGCCAGAGCAAGACUCCGCAAGCCAACGAGGAGAAGAAGCAGCUCUUAGAAUAAAGGGCGUUGUGGCUAUUCAACGAGAUUGUGACAUGAAUCAACACGUGAACAACGUUUGGUUUCUGAGCUGGAUGAUCGGGACAGUCCCAGAACAGUUUAAACGUUCACAAUAGGUCAUUAAGAUCACAAUUGAGUACCACCAAGAAGCAUUGGACAUUUGAAUAGAUUGAUUAUAGGAGUCUUGGAUGCACUGCUCUCCCUGUGGAUUUGAUGUUGGGAUCUUUCAGGGAGAGGAUUUACUACGACAGCUUGAAGCAAAAAUGGUGCCCGUGGUCAGAGACCCUAGGAGUUUUGAUCUCCGUAGGCGUGUAAGGUAGGUUGUGAGUUAGUGUUGUUGCCAGAAGAAUCUAUCACCAAUUUUUUGAUUUCCGGUUCUGCACAUGCACGAUUUGGGAUUUGUUUAGUGAUACUCUAUUCAGUAACACUAGGGAACAUUCUGUAACAAAUUUCUAUCAGCUCCUUGGUUGUUCAAGCUCCUAAACCUUCAGGCUUAAUGAAGUGACUUUGUAUCAGUACCUUUGGACAUAUCAUCUAAUAAAUAUGAUGUCUAAACGUG